AUGGAUUCUCUUGUGGUCCUUGUGCUCUGUCUCUCCUGUUUGCUUCUCCUUUCACUCUGGAGACAGAGAUCUGGGAGAGGAAAAUUCCCUCCUGGCCCCACUCCUCUCCCAGUGAUUGGAAAUAUCCUACAGAUAGAUAUUAAGGACGUCAGCAAAUCCUUAACCAACCUCUCAAAAGUCUAUGGCCCUGUGUUCACUCUGUAUUUUGGCCUGGAACGCAUGGUGGUGCUGCAUGGAUAUGAAGCAGUGAAGGAAGCCCUGAUUGAUCUUGGAGAGGAGUUUUCUGGAAGAGGACAUUUUCCAUUGGCUGACAGAGCUAACAGAGGAUUUGGAAUCGUUUUCAGCAAUGGAAAGAGAUGGAAGGAGAUCCGGCGUUUUUCCCUCAUGACACUGCGGAAUUUUGGGAUGGGGAAGAGGAGCAUUGAGGAUCGUGUUCAAGAGGAAGCCCGCUGCCUUGUGGAGGAGUUGAGAAAAACCAAGGGCUCACCCUGUGAUCCCACUUUCAUCCUGGGCUGUGCUCCCUGCAAUGUGAUCUGCUCCAUUAUUUUCCAUAAACGUUUUGAUUAUAAAGAUCAGCAAUUUCUUAAAGUGAUGGAAAAAUUGAAUGAAAACGUCAAGAUUUUGAGCAGCCCCUGGAUCCAGAUAUGCAAUAAUUUUCCUCCUUUCAUUGAUUAUUUCCCGGGAGCCCAUAACAAAUUACUUAAAAACAUUGCUUUUUUGAAAAGUUAUAUUUUGGAGAAAGUAAAAGAACACCAAGAAUCAAUGGACAUGAACAACCCUCGGGACUUUAUUGAUUGCUUCCUGAUGAAAAUGGAGAAGGAAAAGCACAACCAACAGUCUGAAUUUACUAUUGAAAACUUGGAAAACACUGCAGUUGACUUGUUUGGAGCUGGGACAGAGACGACAAGCACAACCCUGAGAUAUGCUCUCCUUCUCCUGCUGAAGCACCCAGAGGUCACAGCUAAAGUCCAGGAAGAGAUUGAACGUGUGAUUGGCAGAAAUCGGAGCCCCUGCAUGCAGGACAGGAGCCACAUGCCCUACACAGAUGCUGUGGUGCACGAGAUCCAGAGAUACAUUGACCUUCUCCCCACCAACCUGCCCCAUGCAGUGACCUGUGAUGUUAAAUUCAGAAACUACCUCAUCCCCAAGGGCACAACCAUAUUAAUUUCCCUGACUUCUGUGCUACAUGACAACAAAGAAUUUCCCAACCCAGAGAUGUUUGACCCUCGUCACUUUCUGGAUGAAGGUGGCAAUUUUAAGAAAAGUAACUACUUCAUGCCUUUCUCAGCAGGAAAACGGAUUUGUGUGGGAGAAGCCCUGGCCCGCAUGGAGCUGUUUUUAUUCUUGACCUCCGUUUUACAGAACUUUAACCUGAAAUCUCUGGUUGACCCAAAGGACCUUGACACCACUCCAGUUGUCAAUGGGUUUGCCUCUGUGCCACCCUUCUACCAGCUGUGCUUCAUUCCUGUUUGA